AUGACAGCCACAAACGGAACCAGCGUCCCUCUGGCGCCAGUGAUUUGCGUCAGCCAUGGCGGCGGUCCUAUGCCCCUCCUCGGCGAACCCGGUCACAAAAACAUGGUCAAUUCAUGGCAGACUCGCGUUCGAAAAAUAUUGAAACUCGGUACUCCCGAGGCCCCCAAAGCCAUUAUUCUUGUUACCGCGCACUGGACUACAGACCGUCCAACGAUCUCCUCUGGCGCAAAACAUGAGCUCUACUACGACUAUUACGGGUUCCCACCCGAGACGUAUAAGAUCAAGUAUGAUGCCCCCGGCGCCCCAUCGAUCGCCAAAGAUAUAUACAACCGACUCCAGAAAGCAGGGUUCUCUCCACAACUCGACGAUAAGAGAGGGUGGGAUCACGGCGUCUUCAUUCCGAUGAAGUUCAUCGCACCAGACGAGUCAAUUCCUAUCGUCCAGAUGUCCGUGCUCGAAAGCGAAGACCCAGAGGAACACUAUAAAAUCGGCCAGGUACUUGCAGAAUUACGGAAGGAGAACAUUGCCAUCGUAGGAUCUGGGUUUGCGACCUUCCACAAUCUGCGAUUCUUUCCACGCGGCUCAAACUUCCCUGCGGACACCGCAUCGAAAGUUCGCGAGUGGUCUAAUGUCCUGAAUGAAGCUGUCAUGACGGAAGAUGCCAACGACCGAAUGGCCAAAUUGAAGCACUGGAGAAACUUCCCCCAUGCAUAUACGAUGCACCCGCCGCAUGGCGCUGAGCAUUUCUUGCCUCUGAUUGUAACGGCUGGAGCUGGGUCCUCGUCCAAGGGAGGCUUAUAUGGGGACGAAUUCCGGGGAGCAGAUAUGUUUUCAUUCUACUGGGAGUAG